AUGGAGCUGGAUCUGAACGUGGCCGAGGUGGCGCCGGAGAAGCCGGCGGCGAUGGAGGCGAGCGACUCGGGGUCCUCGGAGUCGUCGGUGCUGAACGCGGAGGCGGCGUCGGCGGGCGGCGGGCCCGCGCCGGCGGAGGAGGGCUCCAGCUCGACGCCGGCCGUGCUCGAGUUCAGCAUCCUCAGGAGCGACAGCGACGCGGCCGGCGUGGACGAGGAUGACGCCGCCACGCCGUCGCCUCCUCACCAUCACCAGCAUCACCAGCAGCAGCUCGUCACCAGGGAGCUCUUCCCGGCCGGCGCCGGCGCCGGCCCGCUGCUCCCGGCGCCGCAGCAUUGGGCCGAGCUCGGCUUCUUCCGCGCCGACCCGCCGCGCCCUCAGCAGCAGCAGCCGGACAUCAGGAUUCUGCCGCACCCGCACCCGCACCCGCACGCCACGCCGCCUGCUCCCCAGCCGCCGGUGCAGCCGCAGCCGGCCAAGAAGAGCCGCCGCGGCCCGCGCUCCCGCAGCUCGCAGUACCGCGGCGUCACCUUCUACCGCCGCACCGGCCGCUGGGAGUCCCACAUCUGGGAUUGCGGAAAGCAGGUGUACUUAGGUGGAUUCGACACUGCUCAUGCUGCUGCAAGGGCGUACGAUCGAGCAGCGAUCAAGUUCCGCGGCGUCGACGCCGACAUAAACUUCAAUCUCAGCGACUACGAGGACGACAUGAAGCAGAUGAAGAGCCUAUCCAAGGAGGAGUUCGUGCACGUCCUGCGGCGGCAGAGCACCGGCUUCUCGAGGGGGCAGCUCCAAGUACAGAGGCGUCACCCUGCACAAGUGCGGCCGCUGGGAGGCGCGCAUGGGGCAGUUCCUCGGCAAGAAGAAUUAAUAGAAAAAAGGGAAGUGGCUAGGGAAUUCCUAAUUCCUCACCGGGCUUACGAUAAGGCCGCGAUCAAAUGCAAUGGUAGAGAGGCUGUGACGAAUUUCGAGCCAAGCACAUAUGAUGGGGAGCUGCUGGCCGAAGUUAGCGCUGACGUUGCUGAAGUUGAUCUGAACUUGAGCAUAUCUCAACCAGCAUCUCAGAGCCCAAAAAGAGAUAAGAACUGCCAAGGUCUGCAGCUCCACCAUGGUUCAUAUGAGGGCUCCGAAUUGAAAAAAACAAAGAUUGAUACUCCCUCUGAGCUGUCGGGCUGCCCUCAUCGGUUCCCUCUUAUGACUGAGCAUCCACCGGCCUGGCCUGCUCAAUCUCACCCCUUCUUCACAAAUCAUGAGAGUGCAUCAUCGAGAGAUCUUAACAGGAGGCCUGAGGGGGGUGUUCCCAGCUGGGCAUGGAAGGUGACAGCUCCUCCUGCCACCCUGCCGUUGCCGCUGUUCUCGUCAUCGUCAUCAUCCGCUGCAGCAUCAUCAGGAUUCUCCAAUACCGCCAUGACAGCUGCCCCAUCGGCCUCCCUCCGGUUCGACGCACCACCAUCGUCGUCGUCGAGCCAUCAUCGCUGCUGA